GUGACAGUCGGCUUCGGAGAUUUGGUGCCUGUUGGUGGAGAGCAGUACGUGGCUUCAUCAACAGACUUCAUUUUUAUCGGACUCGUCCUCACAGUGGACGUGAUCGGGUCGUCAUGCAUCGAGAAGAUCCAUGCAUGGGGACGUGGCCUCGACGCACUAAACCUACUCCGAAAUCACAAUCAGGAGCACUGUUGGACCUCUGGUCUCAACGGGCUUGACCAAGGUACCGACUGCUCACCUCUGCUUCAUAUCGCUUAUACUUUAAUUGAUAUUAAAAAUUUGCACAAAGAAGAGCCCGUCGAGGAAAUUGACGUCAAAUCGCUUGGCCUUCAAGCUUCUUUGCAAAAGGUCGAGAACUCAGUGCCAGAUGAUUCGAUUUUGGUGACAAACGGAAUUAACGGCAUUCGACAAGUGCUGCAUCCACUUGCACUACGCUCCUCAUUCAAACUCUCACCACUGUUUUGCUCCUUCAUAAACGUUUCUCGUGGUGAACCGUUACGACCAAAUUCUGUUCGUGAUGGUGCUUGCUCAUUGGACGAUGAAUUGGCAGCUAUUUGUGAAAGGAUACGAAUUCUUAUCGCCAGAGAAGGAGAUAAUGUGUUCAAAAAAGUCGAAGAAGUCAGAACAGAACUCCGAAACGCAAUAUGUUGGAAGGAAUCUGAAGUCGAUUCUGCUGUCGUCGUGCGUGCUCGAGGACUUCCUUGGCAGGCAACUGAUCAUGACAUUGCGCAAUUUUUCGUAGGACUCAAUAUUGCACCGUGCGUUUUCGCUUCUUUUUUGACUCAUCAUCGUGGUGGUGUUGCGCUUUGCCUUAGUGCAGAGGGUCGACGAAACGGUGAAGCGUUAGUGCGUUUUGAAGAUAGCGAACAGCGUGAGUUGGCUCUGAAACGACAUCGUCAUUUCCUCCAUAAUCGUUACAUCGAAGUGUAUCGUGCUGCCGGUGACGAGUUUCUUCAGGUUGCUGCCGGUGGGCAGUUGUAUAUGCCGCCACGUUUCAGUGGCUUUUUUUCAGGAUCGAAUUCGGAAGCAGUUCGAUUCGUUAGUCGAGGCGGCGCAAUGAUUGUACGUAUGCGAGGAUUACCUUACGAUUGUACCGAAACACAAAUUCGUGACUUCUUCGCUAGCGGUGAAAAUGGCUGCAAGGUGAUGGAUGGUGGCGUGUUGUUUGUUAAUAAAGGCGAUGGACGACCUACCGGAGAUGCCUUCGUUAUGUUCGAAGAUGAGGCUACUGGACAACGUGCCCUCAUGAAGCAUAAACAUACUAUUGGAAGUCGAUACAUUGAGCUGUUUAGAUCAACACAAGCAGAAGUGCAGCAAGUGGUCAACAGGAAUUUAGAGAAUGUGCACGUGACAGUGCAAGGCAAUCGUAAAGACUGCAUUCGCCUUCGUGGACUUCCCUACGAGGCACACGUUGAAAAUAUUGUAGAAUUUCUUGGCGAUGCAGCUCGUCAUAUCGUUUUUCAGGGCGUUCAUAUGGUUUAUAAUGCACAAGGACAUCCGAGUGGUGAAGCGUUCAUUCAAAUGGAUUCCGAGAUAAGUGCGGCCACUGCGGCUGCGAUCGCACAUAACAAGUAUAUGCAAAUCGGUAAGAAACAGCGAUACAUUGAGGUUUUCCAGUGCAGUCCCGAGGAUAUGAAUCUCGUCAUUACCAAUCCUCCUUUGCCACCGCAGCUUGUUUUGCCUCCACGACCUCUCUAUUCACAACCUGCAAAUCCAGCAGCGGCCGUCACUGGAAUGGUUCCUACACUAAUAACGCCUUUUACACCAGUCUACUGGCCAUAUCCAAGUCCUCCAGUCUCUCCAAAUGUUUAUCCAUUACCUUCACAACCAGGACUUGUUCUCAUCACUGGACUAUGUCCAAACAUCACACCACAGGAUAUUCUCGCUUAUUUUCAUUCAAAUCCAGAGAUUGCUGCAGAAAGUGUACAAAUGCUGAGAUGGGGAUCAGCACAAUGUGCAGGUGAAGCUUUGGUUCGAUUCCGUUCUCGUAUUGAUGCGGAGAGAGCGCUUGCUGAACAUGUUGGAACACAACUUGGUGCUGCACCUAUCAAUUUGUCACUCAUUCAUACUUAA